AUGUCCUCAAAUUCAUCGGAGCGAACCGUGAGUGCCGCCACCGGUGCCGCACCGGCGACCGCCUCUAAUCCAUUGGCAAGCGCUCACCACUUCGUCUCCAUCAAGCUCACCAUGCGAAACUUUCUUUUUUGGAGGACUCAACUGGUGCCCUUCCUCCGUGGCCAAGAUUUGUUGGGCUACGUAGAUGGCGAGACACCGUGCCCCUCCCCGACGAUCGACGCAGCACCAACCUCCGGCGACUCCGCGUCUGCCACCACCACGCCGUCCCCAAUCCCGAACCCGGCGUUCAAAGCGUGGAUCAAGCAGGACCAGUCGAUCAUGUCCUUGCUCAUCUCGUCACUUUCUGAUGAGGUGAUGCACCUUGCUGUGGGGAGGUCGACGUCCAAGGAGGUGUGGGAGUCCAUAACGUCCGCGCUUGGCAGCUCAACCCGUGCCCGGUGUCUGAGCCUGCUCGGACAGUUUCAUUUUCUCCGCCAAGGCAAUAGCACUGCCACCGAAUACCUGGGCCGUGCGCAGCUGCUGGUGGAAAACCUUGCGUUGGCCGGACGGCCGAUUUCUUUGGAUGAGCAGAACCUCUUUGUGUUCAGAGGUUUGAGGCCGGAAUUUCGCGCCAUGGCGCCAUCGCUCACCGCCGCCGGAGUUCCCGUAACCAUCCCGCAGAUAUCGGACUACUUGCAGGCACAAGAGUUCAUUCAUGCGGAGGAUUUUCCGGCCACUGCAGAUGGCGGCUUCGGAACUGCACCAGCAGCGCACUUCACUGGCCGAGGGCGUCGCAACCAUGGCGACGGUGGCCAGGGCUCUACGAACGGCGGAGGCAGAAAUCGCGGCCGAGGUGGUAAUGGCCGUGGCCGUGGCCGGAACGGCGUGCCCAAAUGCCAGAUCUGCCGCGCGCAAGGACAUACCGCCGUCACCUGCUAUCAACGCUAUUCCGGGUAG